ACCGAAUUCGCUAUCAUAAAUAUUUUAUAAACAUUUUCUACUGUUUGGGAAACGAUUUUUGAUUCGUCGUUCCGCCAUAUCAUGCGCAAUGCGCAAUACAUACCUACAUUCCAUUAAGUUCUGCCGUGAACAAAUCGGAUCAUCGGAUGAUCGGAGCGCAUAUUGAACUACGUACGCAAUCUAACCUAAUAUUUUGCAAAGUUGAAAUUUUAUCUAUAUAUAUAAAUUAACGAUGAUUUGUUACCAAAUGUACUCGAGUAUUUUUGCUCGCGAGUCCAUUAUGUGAGAAGUGCACGAAACUCAAUCGAGAUUUGCCGUUAUUUUUUGUUUCAUCCGACAGGCACACGUCCACGUCGUAGACGCUUUUUGAACGCAUCUCUGUAACUUUCAGCAGCGGCGGCGAUUCAGUUAGAAUUAUACAAAUUUGUUAUAAGUCUCUUUAAAUUAAUAACAUGUUUUCGAGGAUGUCACAAAGGCCGUUAAUCGGUGCAAUUAAAAAAAGCUCAACCCACUCACAAUAUUUCAAUGCCUUGCAAAAGUGUAACUUCUCUUCCCAAAGAAUACCCCCUGAUUUGAAAGAGAAUCAGAAGAAAACUGUUACAUCAUUUCCACCAUUGACAGAAGCUAUUCCAAAUUUGCCAAAAGCCAUUUACUCAACUGCGAAAGAGGAACAUCAAACGACACAGAUUACAGUCUUGCCAAAUGGGUUAAAAGUUGCAUCUGAAAAUAGAUUUGGACAAUUUUGUACCAUAGGUGUUCUUAUUGACUCAGGUCCACGAUACGAAGUGACAUAUCCCAGUGGCAUUUCACACUUUCUUGAAAAGUUAGCAUUUAGUUCUACAAACACAUUUAACAGCAAGGAUAAGAUAAUGCUGGCGCUAGAAAAGCAUGGUGGUAUAUGUGACUGUCAAGCAUCUCGCGAUACAUUUGUUUAUGCAGCAUCUGCAGAACGUCGUGGACUGGACAUAGUAACUCAAGUUUUAGGUGAUAUUGUCUUAAGACCUCAAAUUACAGAAGAAGAGGUACAAAUUGCUAGACAAACAGUACGUUUUGAAUUGGAAUCUUUGCAUACUAGACCAGAACAAGAACCUAUAUUGAUGGACAUGAUUCAUUCUGCUGCAUACAGGCAGAACACAUUAGGUUUGCCCAAGAUCUGUCCAGAAAAAAAUAUUGAAAAGAUUGAUAGGAAAAUUCUACAUACAUAUCUCAAGCAUCAUUAUGUACCGAAUAGAAUGGUGGUUGCAGGAGUUGGUGUUGAACAUAACGACCUGAUUCACGCCGUUACUAAAUAUUUUAUAGAUCAAAAACCUAUUUGGGAGGAACAACCUGAUCUUAUUCUAUCAAAUAAUGUACAUGUUGAUACAUCUAUCGCACAAUAUACCGGAGGACGUGUUUUGGAGGAAUGCAAUGUGCCAAUUUACGCGGGACCUAGUGGUUUGCCCGAAUUAUCACACGUUGUUAUAGGCUUGGAAGGCUGUUCUCAUCAAGAUCCAGACUUUGUUGCUGUAUGUGUAUUAAAUAUGAUGAUGGGUGGCGGUGGCAGUUUUAGCGCGGGCGGUCCUGGAAAGGGCAUGUACACGCGUUUAUAUACCAAUGUGUUGAAUAGGUAUCAUUGGUUAUACAGUGCAACUGCAUACAACCAUGCUUACGCAGACACUGGGCUAUUUUGUAUUCACGCCUCAUGCACACCAUCUCAUGUGAAGGAUAUGGUAGAAGUAAUUAUACACGAGAUGGUUGCUAUGGCAAGCGAAAUUUCAGAUAGUGAAUUAGCGAGAGCGAAGAAACAAUUGCAAUCGAUGUUGCUUAUGAAUCUGGAACAACGGCCCGUUGUAUUUGAAGACAUUGGUAGACAAGUUUUAGCAACUGGCACCAGGAAACGACCAGAAUACUUCAUGCAUGCUAUUGAUGGAAUAUCUAAGGACGACAUCAACCGAGUAGCGCGACGUUUAUUAAAAUCACCACCUUGUUUAGCGGCACGUGGCGAAGUGAAGGCUGUACCUCCCAUGAUGGACAUUACAAAUGGCUUACUUAAUGCGCAAGCACGAAAGAAAGUAAAAGAUAUAUCAUUAACCAGAAGAAUAAUGCAAGAUACACAAGACUGAUCUGAGAUUAGAUUGAUCAAGGUCAAUUUCACGUGAAAACUAUGGCGUUCGGAUCUCUACACACAGCAUUUAGAUAAUUUUUAAAAAUAAUUUGUUUUAAUGUACAAUAAAAUUAGAGUUUGCAUGAACUUAAAUUUCUAAUUAAGAAGUCAACUUGUAUCUUGGUGAUAACUUGUAAAAAAUAAAUAUUAUUUGCAUAAA